AUGUUUGCAGAAGACGAUCAUGAACUCGAGGCUAACAGUGACCGCAUGAGUGAGUUAAAAGCAUUUGAUGCGACAAAAGCUGGCGUCAAGGGACUGCUCGAUGCAGGUCUCACAAAAAUCCCAAGUAUUUUCUACUCUUCAUCACGACCAAGCUUCGACGAAAAGAAGCUGCAAAGUGAUGAUGUCCAGUUCAGUGUUCCAAUCAUUAAUCUCAGAGGCAUCCAAAACGACGCAGUUUCACGUGCCCGUGUCAUAGAGAAAGUUCGACAUGCAAGUGAGAAAUGGGGUUUCUUUCAGGUGGUGAAUCAUGGAGUUCCUGUUGAUAUUUUGGAUCAGAUGAUCCAUGGCAUACGCGGAUUCCAUGAGCAGGACAGUGAGCUUAAAAAAGAGUUCUAUUCGAGGGACUUUGGGAAGAAGGUGUAUUAUAUGUCCAACUAUCAUUUGUACCAAUCUUCUGAAGCUAACUGGAGGGAUACGUUUGUGUGUUAUGUGGCUCCUGAUCCACCCAAACAAGAAGAAUUGCCAUCCGUGUGCAGAGAAAUAGUGAAUGAGUACUCAAAGCAAGUGAUGGAUUUGGGGUCUACUUUGUUUGAGCUGCUUUCCGAGGCUCUUGGGCUUAACCCAAACCAACUUGAGGACAUGAAUUGCGGUGAGGCGCUUCUUCAUCUGGGCCACUACUACCCAGCAUGCCCUGAACCAGAAUUGACUAUGGGCACUAGCAAGCACACUGAUGGGUCCUUCAUCACCAUACUUUUACAAGACCAAGUGGGCGGUCUCCAAGUGUUACAUGAGAAUCAAUGGGUUAAUGUUCCUCCCAAGCAAGGAUCUCUAGUUGUCAACAUUGGAGACCUUAUGCAGCUAAUCACAAAUGACAAGUUUAUUAGUGUGGAUCAUAGAGUUAUAGCAAAGAAUGUAGGUCCAAGAGUUACUGUGGCAAGUUUUUUCAGGCCAUACGUUCUGACAGGGAAUUCAAAAGUUUACGGACCAAUCAAGGAAUUGCUAUCAGAAGAUGUUCCCCAAAUUUACCGAGAAACUGAUGUUAGAGAUUAUAUGAAGCAUUACCUCUCAGAAGGUCUAAAAGGGACCUCCGCAUUAGAACAUUUCAAAUUGUGA